ACUCGCAAGCAGAGGCGCGACGGCACCUCGGCGGCACCGCUAUCCCCGCGCGUCCGUACAGACAGACAGACAGCCCCACCGACAAAUAACAAAGUGGGCAGGGUGGGCAGAAGAACCAAUAGAGAGCCCCAAGAGGGCCGAGGAGCGGGGAGAGGGGGCGGGAUAUCCGGCGCGGAGGCGUCCGUGUUGUGACUGCCUGUGAGGAGGGGAGGGAUCCUGUCAGCCGGGCGUGCCGAGCUGCAGCGGCGCAGAGUCAACUCCGGCGGCCGCCAUGCCCGGCAUCGACAAGCUGCCCAUCGAGGAGACGCUGGAAGACAGCCCUCAGACCCGAUCUUUGCUGGGAGUAUUUGAAGAAGAUGCUGCUGCAAUUUCCAAUUACAUAAAUCAGCUGUUUCAAGCCAUGCACAGAAUAUAUGAUGCACAGAAUGAAUUAAGUGCAGCAACUCAUCUGACUUCAAAACUUUUGAAGGAAUAUGAGAAGCAGCGUUUUCCACUAGGAGGAGAUGAUGAAGUUAUGACUUCCACUCUACAACAAUUUGCAAAAGUAAUAGAUGAGCUCAGCUCUUGCCAUGCUGUACUUUCAACUCAGCUUGCAGAUGCAAUGAUGUUUCCCAUUUCCCAGUUUAAAGAAAGAGAUCUAAAAGAGAUACUAACUCUGAAAGAAGUUUUCCAAAUUGCAAGUAAUGACCACGAUGCUGCCAUUACCAGAUACGGUCGGCUGUCAAAAAGGAGGGAAAAUGAAAAGGUCAAGGCUGAAGUUACAGAAGAUGUAUAUACUUCCAGGAAAAAACAGCAUCAGACAAUGAUGCAUUAUUUCUGUGCAUUAAAUACUCUUCAGUACAAAAAGAAAAUUGCUGUGCUAGAACCCUUGCUAGGAUACAUGCAAGCUCAGAUAAGUUUUUUUAAAAUGGGUUCAGAAAAUCUGACUGAGCAACUAGAAGAAUUUUUGACCAAUAUUGGCACAAGCGUACAGAAUGUUCGCAGGGAAAUGGAGUGUGAAGUAGAAAACAUGCAACAAACCAUUGAGGACUUGGAAGUAGCCAGUGAUCCACUGUAUUUGCCUGAUCCUGAUACUUCAAAAUUUCCUGUUCAUAGAAAUCUAACACGGAAAGCUGGCUAUCUCAAUGCAAGAAAUAAAACAGGGCUGGUAUCUUCCAGCUGGGACAGACAGUUUUACUUCACUCAAGGUGGAAAUUUGAUGAGCCAGGCAAGAGGUGACGUGGCUGGGGGACUUGUCAUGGAUAUAGACAAUUGCUCUGUAAUGGCUGUGGACUGUGAGGACAGACGGUACUGUUUUCAGAUAACAUCUUUUGAUGGUAAAAAGUCUUCAAUCUUACAGGCAGAGAGUAAAAAAGAUUAUGAAGAGUGGAUAUGCACCAUAAACAACAUAUCUAAACAGAUAUAUCUUAGUGAGAACCCUGAGGAAAUUGCUGCACGUGUAAAUCAGUCAGCUCUGGAAGCUGUUACUCCAUCUCCUUCCUUUCAUCAGAGGCACGAGAGCAUGCGGCCAAUUGUACAAUCUCGUCCCCCUGCAGUUCGUACUGGCAGCACAGGCUCACUGGGAUCUGAAACAACAGCUUUAUCAGCACUUUCUCUGGAUUCUCUUGUUGCCCCUGACACCCCUAUACAGUUUGACAUAAUAUCUCCAGUUAGUGAAGAUCUGCCUGGUCAAGGAAAAUCUUCAGGGCAAUCGGGAAGACGAACAAAUCCUUUUGGUGAAUCUGGAGGCUCAAAAUCUGAAACAGAAGAUUCAAUUCUUCAUCAGUUAUUUAUUGUAAGAUUUCUGGGCUCUAUGGAGGUGAAGUCUGAUGAAAGUCCAGAUGUUGUUUAUGAAACAAUGCGUCAAAUUCUGGCAGCUCGGGCCAUCCAUAAUAUUUUCAGGAUGACAGAGUCACAUUUAUUGGUCACUUGUGACUGUUUAAAGUUAAUUGAUCCACAGACACAAGUUACAAGACUACGAUUUCCCUUGCCCAAUGUAGUCCUGUACGCCACACACCAGGAGAACAAGCGCCUUUUUGGGUUUGUGCUUAGAACUUCAGGAGGAAGAGUUGAGAGCCGCCAAACUUCCAUCUGCUACAUAUUUGAAUCUAACAAUGAAGGGGAAAAGAUUUGUGAUUCUGUUGGACUGGCAAAACAGAUAGCUUUUCAUGCAGAACUGGAUAGAAAAGCAUCAGAAAAGCAGAAAGAAAUUGAGAGAGUAAAAGAGAAACAACAAAAAGAACUGAACAAACAAAAACAAAUUGAAAAGGACUUAGAGGAGCAAAGCCGUUUGAUAGCUGCUUCCAGCAGAUCAAACCAGAGCAGUGGAGAAGGACAAUUUGUAGUCCUUAGCAGCAGUCAGUCAGAAGACAGUGAUUUAGGAGAAGAUGGAAAGAAGAAGCGAGAAUCUGAAGCCUAAGGUUUCCUGCUUUGUUGAAACUGGAAUCUUGGGUAUAGCUGGUGACAUGGUACAAGUUCUACAGGAAGUGAAAUGUAGGUGAAGGGUCAAUUGUAUUAUAUAAAAGACUUCACAAUAUGUAGACCCUGUUAUGCCUUGAUUUUACUCUCUCAAUUAAGUGAUUUCCAUUUUCAUGUCAGAAAAAUUUCUCUUCUGUUUGCCAGAUGAAGCAUGGUGAUGCUACCAUGUUCAUUACAAAACUGUUUUCUCAAGGCUUUUCUGCAGUGUGGAAAAAUCUGGGUUCCCUUCCCCUCUCCACUUACCUCUGUGCAAGUGAUUGCUUUUGAAGCAAAACUUCAAGCUCUCACUGGGCUUCAGCAGUACACUGACAUGUUCUUUACACUGCAGUAUGGAGAACACCUUGCUGGAAGCAAAAGUGGAUAAGACAGUGCUAAGCUUUACCUAGUUUGUUGCACAUAACUGUUCUUAGAUUUAGGGAAAAAACCUCUUAUUAACAUCAGAGAUAUGUGCAAUAGCUCUAGACAGAUCUUUCAUAUUGCACUGUAUGAUACUGUCCUAUUUUUUUUUUGGUAAUGUAAUGCUGAGACUUGUUUUCAACAGGAGAAAAAAAAAUACUGUCAGGCCUAGAUAGGAGCUGAUGAGACACAGCUGCACUUUGCUGCACAAGGAAUGUGUAGAGCAUUCCUUAUCAAAUUUUAAGAAUAAUGUAUAUAUUCUUACAGCACAAGUGCCAUGUUCUUGAUUUUUUCCCUGGUAUAUGUAAUAAAAAGCUAUAAGCCUUUGAGUUCACUUUUUAUAGAGCACACAGUUGCAGGAACAUCUUGAAUUCCAUCAUUUGAAAAAUCUUCUGAAUAUGUAAAUGCCUUGUCACCAGUACACUACAUUUACUAAAAAUGAGUUGAGGAUAAGUCUUUUUAUAGAAAUUGAUUUUGCAAACAGAAUUGACUAGCUCUGAAGUAAGGAACUAUACUAAUCCUACAUCCUAGAGUCAAUCCUGUAAAGCAUUUUUCAAAGCAGUGUCUGUUUACAGCUUGUAAUCUGUACUCUGUAUUCCAUACCCUGUGUAAUAUUUAUUUUGUAUAGUACUAAAUGUGCAUUCACCUUUUGAUCCAGAAGAGAAAACUUGUUUGAAGAGAAAUAUUUAUUUUUGCACUAAUUACUAUAUAUACUAAAAUCCAGUGGAACAGAAGAUAUCUCUAAUAAUGGCAUGAAAAUAACAGGAAAUAUAGAAAGAGAAGAAUAUGCUUAUAGUCCAGGUUAUAUUAUAACAGUUAUGAGUGUUUUACAGUUCACUGCAUGGCAUUUCUGGUGUUCAGGAAUGGCAGCAAUUUUCUGAAUGUCUGCCCAUGAGCUGGCAGUGGCCCAGCCCUUCAUAGCUGGAGUUGCUCAAUGCUGAUGAAGUCAAUGAGGAACCUUAGGCCCUCUCUCUGCUAGAUGGCUGUGGGUGGGAUGGGUACCCUUGGUUCUCCUCAUGUGCUGCAGUGGGACUGUCUCAGUUAAUGAAGGCAGCCUCCUCCUCCUCCUCCCCUUGUGCUGGGGAUGCAGAUUUCUCAGCAUCCUGACUGUCACAGAAGAGAAGGGGCAAGCAGCACCUGCUCUUGCAGAGUCUGCUGUAGUGCUGCAGCUGGAGGGAGAGCAGCUCUCGCAGACCUCACUGGCACCACAGCCUCAAGAGGGCUGGAGCCUCCUCAGAAGAGGUCUCAGCAUUCCUGCCUUAAAGAGCAGAGAGGGAGCAGAAGGCUGAUCAGCAGAGAGGCAGCCUCCAGGCUCACUGCCUGAGUUAGUUAGCAAUGCCUGUUGCAGUACAUUUUGCAUCCCCAGAGAAGCCAGCCAGAAACCUGCAGAAAUACCUGCUUGGAUGUUGCUCAGUCAGGCCAAACACAUUGCCACAUUUGGCUAGCACACUGACACAAAACAUGCAAGUCUGAGGCUUUUCUCUAAAAAAGUGGCAUUUUAAUUUUAUAUCUAGUCACCUAUUCUCAUCUCUCAUUCUUAAGAGUCUUCUUAUUCUUGCCAAUUAAAAUGUAAAGAGGCAGCAAAUCCCAUUUUUGCUAUUUUCAUGCCUAAAUCUAGGCUUAGAUCAUAGCAUGGCAGCCAACUUAUCUCUGAAAAUUGGUUCAAUUCAUUGUGUUUCUCUCUUGCUUUUUUGUUUAACUUACUGAAAUUUUAGUUUUCUAUCAAAUAAUAUGACAGCAUAGUGUCAUAUUAUGACACUUCCUCAAGUGCAUGCUGAAGAUGAAGUAAUUUGGAAACAGCACAGGAAGAACAUGGAAUCAGUGAGCUGCAGGUUCUAGAAACUUGUAUCCCUGCUUGUCAGAGUAGGAUGGAGUAAUGAGGUAACCAGUUUAGCUGCAACAGCCCUAGCUCUCUAUCAAAGUCUGUUAACAGAUGAGCCAUCUCAUCAGAAAGCACUUCUGAUUUGAACCUAGUUUGCAUUAACCUUAUUGAAGAAAUGUCAGAAAAUUGAAUUAAUAUGUUUGUUGGUUUUUUAUUGGAGCCUCCCAUUACUGUUUUAGACAAAUCUGCAAGGAAGAAAUCAGGAGAAAGAGUUGGCAGGUGAAUUUACUGUUAUGGGAUUUUUCAGAUUUAACAAUACAUGUAUGGAAUUAUUCCACUUGCUUGUGGGGCUGUCUGUGCCACCAAAUGUAGUUGUCUGUAACAGAAAGUAAAAGAGUGAAGUGCAUUUAUUUUCUGUUGGAUAACUCUCAGCCACUAAAAAAAGGGAAAUGAAUGGCAAUAAAGCAAAUUGACAUGCAUGAAUGAACUGAGGGGCUUUUUGCUUGUUUAGGAGAGUUUCACUGGUAUAAAAUGAGCAAAAAAAUGCAAAAGCCUCUGGGAGAGUGAGGGAAGUUGCAAGAACAAAGGGCACGGCCGAUCAGAAUUAAUGCAGAAGUUGAACAGUAAUGGUGCAAUGAGGUGGCAGUGGUGUGAGAAUUAAUGGGUUUUGCUUAAGGGGAGGAGCACCUGGCUCUGUAAUUAAAACUAAUUCAAGGCAAAAGAAUACCUGCUGAGGUUUUAUCCACACCCUUCUCUCAAAAAGAGACAUUUGCCAGCCUUUUUCCUAUGAGGCUUACAACUACUUCACUGAAAAAUAUUUUUGUUAAUUUAAAAAAAAGAGCUAUUAGUAUUUUCCUCGAGGGGAUGACUUUUAAUAUGAACACCUCAUGCUCUUGGGAACUGCCGUAGGGUUUCGCCACCUGAGCAAUUUACUGUUAUAAGCAAGUUACUGGUUGGUUUCCUCUGUAAUUUAUUUCUCUUGUUUAAGAUUUCCUGUUGCUUUUUACUUAGACUCAUCUUUCAGGCAGUCUCAGCAGAAGCUGUAGUUUCCUUCUUAUGAAUCUAAUAUUCAUUCAGACACUCCUGAAAACAUUAUUUUAGGUGCAUUAUUUUAAAGGGGCUUUGAUAGGUGCUGAAUCAGCAGUGGUUUUAGAACUGAAGUUUUAUGUUGCUAAUUGCAGUCUAAUAGUUACCUUCACAUUUUUCCCCUCAGUCAGGGGAUAUUGAGUUUUUUAGACUCUGUAGAUUUAAACACUACAGACGAAGUCUUGCUAUAAGUUGUUUCAAGCUGCAUACAUUCUUGAUGUAUGUAAAUAGCAUGAAUAUCAAAACAUAUAAAGCAUCCUUAUGGGUAUGCAUUUGAUUGCAUUCUAGGUAACAUCUAGCACUCCCCUGUGAAGAUGAACAGCUUUCUCCAACUCUAAAUCAGAGAAAAAAUUAUGAGUCAUGAACAAUGUAGUCAUAGAUAACUGGUAGUAAGCCAGUAGUGUAAACUAAUUUGUACUGGAUAGUCUGUUACUUCCUUAGGUUUGAAAUGUAUCAAGACAAUUUACUAACAGUAAAGUAAUAGUUAAGGAACAUUCCCCCUCCCCAAAGCUGUCAAAUUUAAUCUUCAUAUGGAUGUAAACCCUGAGCUGAAAAAUAUAAAGCAGCUGAAGCUAUUUAUGAGGAUAUAAUUUAUGCACAUUGGUAUAAAGAAGCAAAUUUGACUGUGCAUAUGUUUAAGGUAAAUUCUGAUUAAUUACUUGCAAAGAAUUUAGGAGAAGCCAAUGGAUAAAAUGAUGCUAUGAUAUAGUAUCUUUUUAUUUCAGAAAUAGUUCAUAUAAAAAGAAAAUUUGCUUUUUCUUUCUCUUGCUCCGUUUUACAAAAUGUCUUUUAAGUCAGUGCCUCUCCAAGGCUUUUCUUUUUUUCUUGCCACAGUGGAUUGUCACAACAAGAACAAAUCAGUGUGUCAUUGUGAAUGCACUCGUAUUCCUAAUGAAGUUUAUUUUGCAAGCCAAGAUUUUUGUACAAUCUUUCAAGUAAUUUUUAUAAUGAAGUGGAGUGGUCAAAUUCUUAUGAUCAUGUUCUGGAUUGGUCCUGUUCCAGUGAAGUGUAAGUGAUUUCUGCAGUGUUUGAGACUGACUUGCACAUUUUCCCUGAAUAGCUGUAUUAAAACCCUCCAAUGGCAUAUUUAUGUCUUUGAUUGUUGUGUCUAAUCUUGGGAACAUAUUAUGCCAAGGCUUCAGUAAGCAUUUUGUAGAUUUAAAAAAAAAGCUUAACUAAAGCAACUUUCUGAGUGGGAUUUGUACUGAUGCAAAAACUUGCAUUGCUGAUAAUACUGACUUCCAGGAAGUACCAUUAUUGGUGACAGGAUGUGCUCCCUUCCCUUGAAUGAUGUUUUAACAAGUGGUUAUAUCUCUCUGUUGUCAAAGUGUUGCUCAGUUCUUUUAAUCACGUUAUCUCAGAGGAAGUUAUUGUACUUGGGAAUGCUGAUAGCUUAUUUUU